AUGCAUCUCCAAGCGCUUGCAUCGUCUAUACUUCUUCUCUCCAGUGUGGCCGUGGCCCAUCCUGGCCAUGAUCUCACCGAGGAGAUUCUUGAGAGGCGAUCUUUCAAAAAUUCCGUCCGCCGUGCCUCACUGAGCCAUUGUGCCGAAAAAUUGAAGGCGCGCGGAGUCCAAGCUCGCAACCUGGAGCGAAGAGCAGCAACUGCAGCUCUGGCUCGUCUUUCCCGGGGCGUUUCCACGAGAGAUGCGGACUCAGCGCUUGGCGAGUCGCAUAACAAGACCAGCCUCGGCUACUCCGAGAAUACCAGCAUCUCGGAAAUCUUUUCUGGCAAUGCCUCAUGCGUACUGACACCAGAAGUUACCCAAGGUCCAUACUAUGUGGGCGGCGAACGCAUCAGAAAGAACGUCACUGACGGCCAAGCCGGGGUGGAUAUAACCUUGGACUACCAGGUCAUUGACGUUGAUACGUGUGAUCCCGUGCCAAACGUCUACAUCGAGAUUUGGCACUGCAACUCCACGGGUGUCUAUUCCGGCGUUGUCGCCAACGGCAAUGGGGAGUCGUCCGACGAGACCAAUAUCAACAACACCUUUCUACGAGGCAUACAAAAGACAGACUCGGACGGUGUGGCCCAAUUUGACUCACUCUUUCCCGGGCACUACACCGGACGGGCGACGCACAUCCACGUCAUGGUGCAUACCAAUGCAACCGAGCUGUCGAAUCAGACAUUGGGCAAUCAAGUCUAUGCUAGUCACGUAGGACAGACCUUUUUCGACCAAGAUCUGAUUACUGCCGUCGAAAAGGUCGAGCCAUAUGCCUCCAAUACGCAGUCAUUGACCGAGAACUCGGGCGAUAGUAUUCUGUCUGAAGAGGCUGAUACGACUGACCCGCUGAUGGCCUACACAUUGUUGGGAGACAGUGUCGCCGACGGUCUCUUUGCUUGGCUGGCAUUUGGCAUCAACACAUCCUAUGUAAACGAGGUUCAACCCGCAUCUUUCUAUUACGAGUCAGGCGGCGUUGAGAACCCCAAUGCUGGGUUCGGCGGUCCUGGGGGGAAUGGAGGCGGCGGCCCUCCUCCCAGCGGUGCUCCUGGCGGCCGGCCUGGGGGCAGCAAUGGCACGGGCACCUCGGGAGGCAUUGCCUCGCCUACCGCCAUCAGUAUGGGAAAUAGGUACACUAUUGGAGCUGUGACAUUCUCCUUGGUAGGACUUUUGCUGCCUCUGCUCUGGCUCUAA